AUGCUGCUGCCUGCAGAAAGUGCAGAAUUGAAGGGUGACCUUAGAGAAAAUCAGGACAAUGUUAGGGGAACUGUAAUAGGAUUGGGUCUCAUAAUCAUACAGAAUGGGACAUACCUCCAGAUAACAAGCCUUGUUGAGAAAAGCUCUGCAGCUAAAGAUGGAAAGCUCAAACCAGGUGAUGUUCUAAUAAAAAUUGGACAUACUAACAUUUUAGGAUGGACUCCGUGAGAGCUUAAGCAACUCCUGCACAAUAUUCCUAUAGGAACUACUCUACAAAUCAGAGUUUACAGAGAUUUUGUUGAAGUACCUCAACACUGGCAAAAGGCUGUUGAAUUAAUUCCUGAAGUAAAGCUUUCUGUGAUGACAGCAGACACACGUGAAGAUACUGAGGAUGAAGACACCACCACGUCCAGUAGCGAUGAUGAUGCAGACUUGGAAACUUUUCAGUAUAAAUCUUCCCAGUCAUACUGUUGUGAGUUCACACAGAAAUUACCAUCAAUAUCUGAUAUACGCCAGACACUGAGAGUAGGCACAGACACUGGUUGUGAUGUUGUACUUCACAAUUUUGUUGAUGCAUUGUACAAUCCUAAAUUUGAUGCUCGUGAUCUUAAACCCCCUUCAUAUUGGGCUAUGGAAAACGAGACCAGUUCCACUUCCCCCUGCCCUUCUGCAUCAGAUACAUCCUAUCUGGAAGAACUUACUGUUGUUUCAGAAUAGCUCAAAACAUGACUUCUUCAAAACCUGUAUUUCUGAAGUUGCAUUGUAUCUAUUUUCUUUUAAUAUAUGCCUAGACUUCAAAAAAAAAAAAAUAUCCAAGCGUCCCAAGAUAUUUGAAAUGAUAUAUUAGCUAUAUAAAGCUGUUUCAGCCAUGCCCUCCCUGCCCUCAAAGAUGUCUAUCAAUGCUACUUGUGGAGAAGACAUUCAGAAACGCCGCCUCUGCUAGUCCCGGACAAGUAGUCGCCAGCUCUAAGGAAGUCUAAUAUAUUCAUCAUUGCUUGAAGGUAAGUUGUUCAUUUACUUGAUAUAAGGACGGCACAUUCAGUUUAUCAAAAACUUUUCCUGAACAUACAAGAAUACAUGGACAACUAGUGGCAAUUACAGUAUUUGUCUGCAUCACAGUGAUGAUUUUCGAUAUACCUAUUUUUCACAUCAACUAAAAGUCACCUUAUUUUCUCACUGUGGUUUUACUUUC